AUAAUCUGCCCACGCGUUAAGCUGCUUUAUCCCCGCCAAGCCUCAGCCGAACAGACUGCUGCGGCUCCGUUACCAGUCAGUGGGAAACCCGCAUUAGAAGAGGUAGAACGAAAGAAAAAGUGUCUAAAGGUGCGGAGAGAAGUUUGAGAAAUCUCUCCAGGCUGAGAGCUGGUGAAGUUAGGAGUGUGGAGUCGCUUUGACGCACACAUGCCCGAACCCUGACGCACGGUCCUAAACCUGAACCUGCUGCUGCUGUGAGCUCAGACUGGGAGGCAGGAGGCGGAAAACAAGUUCACACUGGGAAUUUAACCACAGCGAGAAGCUGGCAACGGUGGUUCGGGCAUGGAAAGGACUGGACUUUGGAUAUUCCUGAUAACAACUUGUGUUAAUCCAGGAAUAAAUGGGCAGACAGUGGAAAUGGAUGAUGGGAAGUCGGGGUAUGUUGGCUCAAAGGUGGAUCUCCGGUGUCGGUUCAUCAACAGCUUCCCGCCUGUCAAAAUCUCCCAGGUAACAUGGCAGAAACUGGUAAAUGGCACUAAGCAGAAUGUGGCGAUCGCAAAUCCGUCCCUGGGCGUAUCCGUGGCUCCUCCCUACAGGGAUCGUGUCACCUUCAAGAACGCAGCGGUGAGGCGACGGACUCCGACUCUUGAAGACACCACCAUCACCUUCUCCUCGCUCCGCCUCUCCGAUGAGUCCACCUACAUCUGUGAAUACACCACGUUCCCUGCAGGGAACCGAGAGAACACAGUAAACCUCACUGUCUACGUUCGCCCAACCACUCAGAUGAGUCUGUCCACGCCGACACUGGUGGCUCGAUCAUCCAAUCUGAAAACCCCUGUGGCUACCUGCACCUCUGCUAAUGGGAAACCACCUGGUACCAUCAGGUGGGAAACGAGGGUGCCAGGAGAAGUGACCACCAGAGAGUACAAAAACUCUGAUGGGACGUUCACCGUUCAGAGCGACUACAUUUUGGUUCCCAACCGAGAAACACACAAGGAGACGCUCACCUGCGUCACCACCUACAACGAGGAGGUUUACACUGACAGCGUCACCCUCGAUAUUCAGUAUGAGCCAGACGUUUUGGUGGACGGCUAUGAUGGAAACUGGUAUCUGAACAGAGAGAAUGUCCAGCUGAGCUGCCAAGCUGAUGCCAACCCAGCCGUCUCUCUGUAUCAGUGGAGACUGGUUAAUGGCUCCAUACCGACCAAUGCUGAGAUCCGUGACAACGUCCUCACCUUUAAAGGACCAGUCACAUAUGACCUGCAAGGAACCUAUGUGUGUGAUGCAACCAACAGCAUCGGGACUCGAUCAGCCUCUGUGGAGGUCAGCAUCAUAGAAAAGCCACUACCACAGAUCGCGACAAGUGAUGUCAUCAGUGUAAUCGCCUUGUUAUUGGCUGCCGGAGUGCUCAUGGGCAUCACUAUCACUGUCCUGGUGCUCAAAAUAAGAAGUAGAAAAGACAGCUCCUCGAGGGACUCUCCGUCCAGAAAACUGUCCCAGCCGAUAAGGAAAAGACCAGGAGACGAAAUCCAGCAUUCAGGACGUUUUUACGAAGAGCUUCCGAACACAGCCGACUACGUGAGCUACAGACUGGCCUGUAACAAGGAGGACUACCCCGAGCCCUACUCCCCUCCCAUCAACCCUCCUCUGUCAUUUCUGCCCCAGCACCCCUACCAAUCCUCACAGCCAACCACUGCAACGAGCAGCAGCAGCAGCAACGCCACAUCCAAAAACACCUUCUCUCCUCCUUCGCACACCACGGCCAUCUUUAAAUACCCCUCGGUGCAGGGUCUGUCCUCUCCCCCCCCCGGAGUGGCAGCAUACACAUUCCCUAAAGAGCAGUACGUCUGAAGCAACAUCUUGUUACAGGUUCUCCAACGAGCUCAAUGAAACAACACAAUUCAAACCCAAACGUUUCCUGAGAGGAGGUUGGAAUACGUGGGACAUUUAACCCAUGCUGGACUAUACAGGCGUUGUCUCUGGACUGUCUGCACCCCUGUGGAGCUCCACGGCUUUUGGGGUUUGGACUCGUGAUGACGUCCAGUUUUGAAACUCUCCUAUGUCCCAUCUUUUAUUGUGUUUUAUUCUUUGAAAAGGGAACCAUGUUUAAGUUGUAGGUUAUAGGAAAAGUCAAGUUAAAGGUGACUUUCAUUUUACAAGUGUAUAUUGCAUGUAUGUAUUUUUGAUUGCAUCAAACUGAAUGGAUGGGAUUAUCUUUAGAUGUGGUUGACUCCCUACUUUAUCCUAUUGGACUACCUUUUGUAAAAAAACAAACAAACAAACAAACAAAAAGGAAUACAAUUUCCUCUGAUGCCCACUGUCUUUAUCCUGUGUUGUGCACAAUGACAAUCCCUUUACUGAGAAGCACCUGAUGUUACCUUUUGGUUUUACCUCCUGUUUUAAUGUAAUGCUUCUAUUGUGCUUGUAUUUUGUAUCAUUUACCGUUUUUCUUUGCAAAGAAAAAAAGACAUUUUUAUUUACUGAUGAUUUUGUCGAUUUAUGAAAUUGAUGUUUUUAUUUGUGGUAUUUGUGAGUUUCAGUAUUCAUUGACACUGGCUGUUGGAUGAAUUUCUAGCAUUUAAAUAAAAAUAACUGCACUUGCAUCACACUGAAAA